CAAUCUUCAUCUCGUCUUCACUCACUCUCCUCGGUCGCCGUUGUCGUCGGCGGCGUUCUGAUAUCUCACCGGAGAAUGUCAACAUACGACUUCCCGCGGUUUCCUAUAACAGAUAUGAUCGUAUACCUUGCCGAAAGUGAGAUCGCCGAGCUAUCAGAAUCCGAUAUCCGCAAUCCGAACGCCGAUCUGAUAACGAAUCUCUUCACGAAUAUCCUAAUCCAUCUCAACGUUAUCCAGGAUGAUCAUACCCUAGCUGAUUUCACCGCACUGCAGCGGCUGGAGAAUCCAGACGUCCACAUUGAAUCUAUUCGCAUCAUGAACCUUUAUCGGAAGAUGAAGGUCUUUCUAGAUGCAUUGGAAUGUCCAAAGAAAUUAAACCUAAAAGAUCUUUUAAAACCAGAAGCAGAUAGGACGGAAAUCUUCCUCAGUGCAUUGCUUAAUUUCUGCGUCUACAGGCGUGAAAAAUUGAAUCAUGUCAGUUCAAUUGUUGAAGAAUUAGCGUGUCUUGAUGAAAAACGACAAGAGUUUGAGCAGAAAAUAGAAGAGUUAAAGGCAGAAAUCGCCAAGCACGAUGAAUCAAGAGAAAAGGAGAUGCCAUUUAUUCAUGAUAUUGAUGCGAAAGUUCAAGAAUUGAAACAGGCAAUUCUGGGACUGAACAGUCAACAAUCAUCUUUGAAAUCUUCAAUGAAAAAGAUGAAGGAAAAAGUUGAAGAAAUGAACAAAAAGCUUUCCAGUGCAGAGUUUGCUUUGGUGCAAAGUGUCCAAGAAAAUGCGAAUUUACGUUCAAAGAUUGUUCAAUCUCCAGAUAAGCUACAGAGAACAUUAGAAGAGAAGAAAGCAAUCCUACUUGAGGCAAAGAAUGCUAAAAGAGAAGCUAUGUUGGCUUUUCAGGAGAAGAAUGCCAACAUUGAAGUCUAUACAAAGGCUUGCAAGAAGAUAUCUAAGCAUGUUGCUCAGGCACAGGCGAUUCAAGAACAGAUGAAUUCAGCUAAAGCUAUUGAGAAAGAUUUGAAGGGACUAAGAGUUAAACAGAAUGAAGAUGAAAUGAUUGACAAAUCCCUUGAAGCCAAUAUCGUUGAACGACAAGGCAAAGAAGAACAGUUGAAGGAACAAAUGAAACAAUUAGAGAAAGAAAGGGAUCUCAGAUGUGGAGAAGCUACUAAAGAAUUGAAUAACGUGAAGAUGGAAGUGGAAGUAAGGAAACGUGAUCUUGAAUCAAGACAAUCAAAAGUGGAAGCCUUGGUUGCAGAGGUGGAUUCAAUCACUGCAAGUUGCAACUCUGUAAAAGAAUCUGGAGAGGCCAAAAGGAAAGAAAUAUUUCUCAAAUGCCAAGAGAUAAUGAAGGAGUUCUACGAGUAUUCGAACUCAAUAGAUGCCUUCCUACCAACAUCUAAUUAGAACACGGACUUGAUCUUCUUCGGGGUAAGUAGUAUACCAUUAUGGUUUCUUACUCAUUUGGUAAUUUAGUUGGCAAAUGUUAUCUUGUUUGCCUAUACAAUGGUUUGUAUAUUCUUUUGACUAUGUUAACUACCUCAUUCUUCUAUUUAAUGUGUACGUCAGUUUGGAAAGCUAAUUUUAGGUGCAAAAAUUGAAUCAGAUUUUCUUAAUGGAUUAGUAUCAAAGUUAGUUGGUUAAAAAUAGUCAAGUAAAUAAUAAU